AUGAAGACUCUCCCAUCGUAUCACCACAAAUCUGUCGCCACAAGUUCCUGUAAUUAUGCACAAGUUAUCUUCCCAACAACAACUGGAGCAGUUGCAUGCAUGCAAGAAUGGGGUUUCUUCCAGUCACCACGGAGUGAGCAUUCACUGGUGGAAAAAAUGAAGAUGGAGGUCCAAGAGUUUCAAAUCUUCCGAUGGAAGAGAAGAAGAAGCUUCGGCCAAACCAGUGAAAUAGGAUUUGGACAGGCCUUUGUUUUGUCUGAAGAGAAAAAGCUGAACUGGGGAGAUAGGUUCUACAUGAUUACCCUUCCAACUUAUUUGAGAAACCCGCACUUAUUCUCUAAUCUCCCACCCGCCUUCAGAGAAACCUUGGAAGCUUAUUCUGUAGAACUUAAACAUCUUGCCAAGAAACUAUUGUACCUUAUGUUAGAAGCUUUAGGGAUGGACCCUAAUGACAUGAGGUUGCUGUUUGAGGAAGGUCAGCAAGGGAUGAGGAUGAACUAUUAUCCUCUAUGUCCAGAGCCAGAGCUCGUAAUCGGUCUGAACUCUCAUUCUGAUGCCGUUGGCCUCACCAUUCUACUCCAGGUCAACGAGAUGGAAGGUCUCCAGAUAAGGAAAAAUGGGGUUUGGGUGCCCAUCAAACCACUUCCGAAUGCUUUUGUGAUCAACAUCGGAGACAUUAUGGAGAUAAUAUCCAAUGGGAUUUACCUUGUUUAG